AAGAAGAUUCUAAUCCCGAUGGAUUACUAUGCAAUUAGCCUGUUUCUAAUUCUCUUUGUGGCCUGUGGAUAUGCUGAUGAAUUCCCAUUUGAUCAAAACUACUCUCCUCAGUGGGGUGGUGAUCAUCUUUCUGUUCUUGAUCAGGGAAGGGUAGUCCAACUGCUAAUAGACGAACACUCCGGAGCUGGAUUCCAUUCAAAACAGGAUUUUGGUUCUGGAUAUUUUCGAAUGAUGAUAAAAUUACCAGGCAAUCAUUCUCAAGGAAUCAUAACGACUUUUUACGUAAUUUAA